AUGGAGCUCUGGCCGUGGCUGAGCGCGGCGCUACUGCUGCUGCUGCUGCUCGUGCAGCUGAGCCGGGCCGCCAACUUCUACGCCAGGAUCGGCCUGUACUGCGCGCUCUGCUUCGGCGCCUCCGCCGCGGCCUCACUGGUGUGCCUGCUGCGCCACGGCGGCCGCACCGUGGAGAACAUGAGAAUCAUAAGCUGGUUCGUGCGCUCCUUUAAGUACGCCUAUGGGCUCCGCUUCGAGACCCGGGGCCGCGAGAAGCUGGAGGUGGACCGGCCGUGCGUGAUCAUCUCCAACCACCAGAGCAUCCUGGACAUGAUGGGCCUCAUGGAGAUUCUCCCCAGACGUUGCGUGCAGAUCGCCAAGCGGGAGCUGCUCUUCCUGGGCCCCGUAGGCCUCAUCAUGUACCUGGGGGGCGUCUUCUUCAUCAACCGGCAGCGCUCCAGCACUGCAGUGACCGUGAUGGCUGACGUGGGUGACCGCAUGGUCAGGGAGAACCUCAAAGUGUGGAUCUACCCCGAGGGUACACGCAACAGCAAUGGGGACCUGCUGCCCUUCAAGAAAGGUGCCUUCUACCUGGCUAUCCAGGCCCAGGUGCCCAUCAUCCCCGUGGUCUACUCCUCCUACUCCUCCUUCUACAACCCUGAGACUAAGCUCUUCACCUCAGGAACAAUUAAGGUGGAAGUGCUGGACGCUGUCCCCACCACCGGCCUCACCGUGGCCGACAUCCCCAAGCUCAUGGACACUUGUCACCGGGACAUGAGGAACACCUUCUUCCGCGUGUCCAAGAUGCCACAGGAAAAUGGGGCCAGCGAGGGACUGUGA